AUGCUAUUCUACAUUGCAUCGACCCUUAGUUUGUUAAUCUCAGUGGUUUCAGGUUCUGCCUUAACUUUCACAUUGGGGGCUCAGGAAACCUCAUGUUUCUACAUUUUCACCACGCAGCCUAGUACAUCAGUAAGCUUUUAUUUUGCUGUUCAAAGUGGUGGUGCCUUUGAUGUGGAUUACACCAUCAAAAACCCAAGAGGUGAAGUGAUUGUCAGUGAAGAUAAGCAAAGACAAGGAGACUUUUUCUUCACUGCCGAUGCUACUGGUGAAUACGAAUUUUGCUUCGCCAACGAAAUGUCAACAUUUGCUGAAAAGGUUGUUGAUUUCGAAAUUAAAUUCGAAGAAGAAGAUGGGUACAAUUUCAGAGCCAACAUGCCUGAACAACCAAAUGCGAAACCAAUUGCGCACGUCGAGAGUAUGCAGCAAACUGUAGACUCUAUUGACCAACAAUUAGACGGAUUAGCAAGAACCUUACAAUAUUACAAGACCAGAAACAAUAGAAAUCAAGCUACCGUGAAGUCUACGGAACUGAGAAUUUAUUACUUCAGUAUUUUCGAAGUUUUAUUGAUGGUAGGAAUGGCCUUCUUGCAAAUCACCAUUGUUCAAUUAUUCUUCAAGGGAAGUAGAAAACAAUUAGUUUGA